UAAUGGAUGCGAUCAAUACGUUAGUGACGCAUUGCAGAAAUCGGUUGAAUUUAGACUUCUUGUGGGGGAAUCGGCAACAAAAUAGACUAAUGAAGAUGCCACUAGUGAAGCUGCAUAGAUCACAUAGCAGAGACUCGUCAUAUGAUGAUUCAAAAUACAGAAGAAGGAAACGAAGACGGAGUCGUGACAGAAGUGACAGCAGAAGUUACGAUGGUCACAAGCGAAGGAGGUCUAGGGAUAGAGAUGGAUACAGGGACGAUUACAGUCAUGAUAGAUCCAGACAUUGUUCCUAUCGGGAACGGUCACGAUCUCCCGAGCGUUCAGAAUGUUACAGUAGACGAGACAGCAGACGUGACAGUUACAGUCGCCGCCAUUACGACAGCGACCACAGCAGCCAUUAUCAUUCCAGACCGAGCAGUCACAGUUCAAGUAGGCGGCGACACAAACAUCGGAAACACAGGAGGCGGAGUUACAGACAUCGUCGCAGGUCUUCUUAUGGUUCAUCUAGUCAGGAUAGAGGGAGUGGGGAUGGAGGUCAAAAAGUUCGCGACGAUGAAGAUGGACAUCUCCUUUAUCAAGCCGGGGACAUACUUCAAGCUAGAUAUGAAGUGUUAUCUACCCUUGGUGAAGGAACUUUUGGCAAAGUUAUAGAAGUGAAAGACUUUCACAGAAACAAUGAACAUGUAGCAUUAAAGAUUAUAAAAAAUGUAGAAAAAUACAGAGAAGCGGCGAAACUUGAAAUAAACGUUUUGGAGAAAUUAUGGGACAAAGAUCCUACAGGGAAAAAAUUAUGUGUUCAAAUGUUGGAUUGGUUUGACUACCAUGGUCACAUGUGUCUAGCAUUCGACAUGUUAGGGCUCAGUGUUUUUGAUUUCUUGAAAGAAAACAAUUAUAUUCCAUAUGACUUGGAUCAAGUUCGACACAUAUCAUACCAGUUGUGCUAUGCAGUACAAUACCUUAACCAGAAAAUAUGUUGUGUUGUCAAUCAGAGAUGUAUGACACGAUCUUACAAUGGCGCAAAGAAACGGGACGAAAGAUAUAUAAAGAACACCGACAUCCGGUUGAUAGAUUUCGGGUCAGCAACAUUCGAUCAUGAGCACCAUAGUACAAUUGUUUCCACUCGGCAUUACAGAGCUCCAGAAGUGAUAUUAGAAUUGGGCUGGUCACAACCAUGUGAUGUGUGGAGUAUAGGUUGUAUUAUGUUUGAACUGUACACAGGCUUUACACUAUUCCAAACUCAUGAUAAUAAAGAGCAUCUAGCAAUGAUGGAAAGAAUUCUAGGCUCUCUACCUUAUAGAAUGACAAAGAAAACCAAAACCAAUUUUUUCUGGCAUGGUCGGCUUGAAUGGGACCCUACAACAUCCUCUGGGCGUUAUGUACGUGAAAAUUGUCGCCCGUUAUAUCGUUACAUAAAAGACCCGUAUGAGAAAGACCAUGAAGACUUAUUCAAAUUGAUCGGCGAAAUGCUGGAAUAUGAACCAAGCAAACGGAUCACUCUGAAGCAUGCUCUACGUCAUGAUUUUCUCAACCAGUACUACACAUCAAGCCGUGACCGCUCACAUCUGCUGAAGGACCUCGAUGAUCGUGAAUCGAGGAAACACGGCAGUUCUAGAAACAGUGACAGACAUUGUUGUACAAGUAGUGAAACUAAUGGUAACAGUUGAUGAUCAUACUGGUUCCUAGUCUUCUUAUCUCCUGUGUACAGGGUCACAGCAUUUCGUCAGUUUUUCCCGCCAAUUUAUAACCGAAAUGCUUGUCUGUCGAGUAGAACUGUUGCUACUUGGUUUGUUGCUAGUGAAGAAAAUCAGGUGUUUGUUAGUGAACAUAUACUUGGGCAUUUUUGUUUACCAUCUGCUUGGAAAAAAUUCUGGCAGUGGAGUAGUUAGUUAAUUUGAUCACAUUUAGUGCUUUGUAAUGAUUUGGUAAUUGACUUUAAGCACCCUUAUACCAUGUUUGAUGUAUUACUAUUAACAUAUACAUACAUUUCAGGCUUACAUAUUUAAUUCAGAUAACAGACACAAUUGUAGAAAUAUGCUGACCAUAUCUCAGAAAUACAUUUUUCUCUUUUUGAGCAUAAAAGUUUGUAUACCUGUACUAGAAAUCUUGAAUACCUUAAUAUUUGAGAAAAUUAAUUAAUACGCAAUUAGUAUGUUACCAUUGGUAAAAGAAGAUGACUGAAGAGUAGCAGCUGUAACUUUGCACAUUGAUUUAGAGUGGUAUCUGAGAAAAUUUUAUGGGAAUAUGAUUUUGUGGAUUACAACUUUUGAAGUUACUAAAGAGUUAUUAGCUAAGAAGGACACUUAAAAGCACCUUUGUUAAUAUAUUUUCCACUUGGACUUUUGCUUUCCAGCAGAAAUGGAAAGUAAAUUGAAUUUUUUUAGUUUUAAAUGAAUUUGUUUUAAAAUCAGCACUGUUAUCAUAUAUAAGCUAUACCUAAGUAAAGGGAGCAGCCCACAGUUCAAAGUUAGGAAACUUGUGUUUGGAGACCAGUCUAAAGUCUUUAGCAUUUGAUCGGUUGAUUCUGAUCUCAGUCUUGAAAUUAACCAAUUAUAAUGCUGCAGUCUGAGAUUGGUUGCCAAUUUUUUUUUUACCUCAGGCCCAGGGCUUUUGAUAUCAUUUGUUUUAUGGUGCUAUAUUUGUGUAUUUGUUUGAAAUAGUUGCUGCUUUGGAGUGAAUCUUUUGUUCAUAAUGUUACUGUAAAAGCAGAAAUUUUCGCAAGGGUUUAAUUUUCGCUAUAUAUUUGCAGGGUCCUGUAUCUUUCGAAAAUUAAUCCUCGUGUAAAUAUUCACCAUUAGUAUGAUUUAAAUUCAAGUAGGAUACCAUUUUUACAAUUUCCUAAAUAUUAAACCUCUCGAACAUAGAUAUCUACUCAAAAUUUCAAAUUUGCGAAAUUUAGACCCAGCAAAAACAUAUGCUUUUACAAUAUACUGAUAAACUUGCAUAAUUCAAGAUAUGUUCAUCUUGUUAUAUUACUUAUUGUAAAAUUAUAAGCCUUUGAUAGGGGGUAUGUCAUGAUAAGUAACAGAGAUGUUAAUUUAAUUUCUUGUAACCUUGUAAGUUAGAAAGGGAGAUAACUCUUGAUAAGAGAAUUUUUUCAAGUUAAGCUGCCCGCCGUCCAGUCGUCAUUUCAUCAUCUUCAUUUGAAUUACAUCUACCAUUUUAUUUGUGCUAUGGAAAAUUGUUUCCAUUUAUACCUUGUGUUUAAUGAGGGUGCAUGCUUUUUAACUUGAAGGAUAUGCUGUCACUAUCUGUAGAAAGAUGGUACCAGACUACCAAAUUACCCAGUAGAAACUUAAAUUGGUUAUUUUUUGGUUAGUUUGAUUUUAUGAUUUGAUAGUAGACAGCCUGUUUUGCAUUCUUAAAACUUUAAUUAUGCCUUGGGGUGGGUUAAUAUUUAUUGAUUCACUCGAAAUGAAUGCUUAUCACUAAAGUUUUUCAUCACUGAAUGCAGCGGGAGUGCCUCCUGUUGCAGCAAUAUUGGUUAUGUCAGAUUUUUUUGUUGGUGCCGAAUGAUUUACUUAAGCAAGUAAGGGAUAUAAUGGAAAGAAGCUCAGAUGAAAACGGUUUCACUAUUCAUGGGUACAAGAUACAGGGGGUUGAUUCAAGGUUAUUUGUAAGGGUCAUAAACUUGUUAUUUUUGCCUGUAACUUACUUAGUCCCUGGUUCAAGGUAGAAUUACAUAGAAAAAAAGCCUAAUUUUAUUUUCCGGGUUUAACAAUUUCAGCUUUUAGAGUUACUUUUAAAAGUUGCUAUAUAACUUUUUUUUUUUGCAUCAAUUAAGUUUGAUUAAUUUAUUAAAUUAUCAGUAUCAUAUAAAAAGAAAUUUUGAUUUCUUCUCAAUUCUGGUAUUUGGUGUUCAAAGAAAUCAAAAAUAUUCUGCUUGAAUUAGGGACUUGUGUUAAUUUUGCAUAUUGAAUUGAAAUGGCUGUAUGGAAAAUACUGUAUUUCUUCAGAUUUUUCAUUCAGGCUACAUGAUAUUAACUUGAUUGAAGUGUAAGUAUUUAAGGUAGAUAGUAUGAUGUGAUAAGAGACAUGCUUACUCUGUAUAUAUAUAUUCAAUUUUUGCUUGUACAUAGUUGACUUGAGGAAGUUGUUUUUAUUUAUACAGUGCAAUUGUAAAGCAACUCAUUGUAAUUUAAUUUCUUCUUACGAUUUUUAAAUGUGCUUACUGUCUUGUGUGUGGAUGAUUGAAAUUUUUUAAUAUUUUUCAUGAAAAUCUGUUGAAAUUGAGAAAUGUCUGGGAAGUUUAAAAGAGUUGUAUAAUUGUUGACUUUGUUUGGAGUAUUUUGUUUGAAAAUGUUUUAUGAGAAAAUGUUUGAUGUGAAAGUGCAAGACUUUUAACCACUUGAAAUGUUCAGUAUAGUCGUAAGAUGUACGUGUGUGGACUAUUUUGACAGGUUAAUUGUUUAAUUCUUCAUAGGAAGUGUAAACUAUUGUCCCUCAGUAAUUCAGUGCAUGUUUUCACUUGCACCCAUGUAUCGAGACUUGCAAUUUAUAUAUUAUCGUGUUUGGAGAAACAAAAACAACGUGUAAUCCUUACUUGAAAUAUUUAUGUUGAAAUUGUCUUUGAGGUAAAUCAGUUUAGUGUGUUCUUUUGUGUAUACUAAAAGAGGUUUCUUUUUCGGAAAAGAGUUGCUCUUACAUUAUUAAAGAAAAUUUAUACAA